UAUUAGGAUCCCCAUUAGCUGUUGCAAAAGCAGCAGCUACACUUCCUGGGGUCCACACAAAACAUUAAACAUAAUACAGAACAUCAAUAAACAAGAACAGCAGGACAGAAUUACAUUUUAAAAAAGCACACAGCCUACAUAUCAAUGCAUCCACACUAACUAUCUAGGUCAAUCUGUUUUUUAAAACUAGGUUUGCUGUUUAUUUGAGAUAUAAUAUGAGAUGGAAGGAAGUUCCAUGCAAUAAGGGCCCUAUAUAAUACUGUACACUUUCUUGAAUUUAUUCUGGAUUUGGGGACUGUGAAAAGACCCUUGGUGGCAUGUCUGGUGGGAUAAGUGUGUGUGUCAGAGCUGUGUGUAAGUUGACUAAGUAAACAAUUUGGGAUUUUCAAGACAUUAUUGUUUCUUAUAAAAAGAAGUGAUCAGUCUCUCCUCAACUCUUAGCAAAGAGAGACUGGCAUGUAUAGUAUUUAUAUCAGCCCUCUGAUUACAAUGGGGAGCAGAACGUCCCGCUCUGUUCUGGGCCAGCUGCAGCUUAACUAGGUCUGUCCUUGCAGCACUGGACCACACGACUGGACAAUAAUCAAGAUAAGACAAAACUAGAGCAUGCAGAUCUUGCUUUUUGGAGUGUGGUGUCAAAAAAGCAGAGCAUCUCUUUAUUACGGCUAGACCUCUCCCCAUCUUUAUAACCAUUGAAUCUAUAUGUUUUGACCAUGACAGUUUACAGUCUAAGGUAAUGGAAAGUAAUUUAGUCUCCUCAAUUUGUUCAACAGCCACACCAUUCAUUACCAGGUCUAGAACAAAAUGAAUGAUUUGUACAAAUACAAUGCUGUUCAGGACCAGUUUAUUAAAGGAAAGGGGGAUACCUAGUCAGUUGUACAACUGAAAUCUGUCUUCCGCAUUUAACAAUAGCAUUGUAUUUGGUCGAACACAAUUUUUUCCAACAGUUUGCUAAGGGCUGGCAGCAAGCUGAUAGGUCUGCUGUUAGAACCAGUAAAGGCCGCUUUACCACUGUAGGGGAGCGGAAUUACUUUGGCUUCCCUCCAGGCCUGAGGACAAAGACUAUCCUCUAAACUCAGAUGAAAAAUAUUCCAACAGGAGAACAUUAACCUGACUAGGAAAACUCCUGACCCUGAGUUUAACCAAUGCUGAGUUUGUGUUCAGGAAAGCUCUGGUGAUGCAUUCUUGUGUCUGUCUGUGUUGAACAAGCGCACCAAGAGGAAACUGAAGAUGGUUCGUGACAAUGGCUCCAUGACCAUCCUUGGAGCGAGGAAGAUGUCGAUUCCUCAGAUCACCUUCGACCACAUCGAAGAUAACGACGAGAAGAAAGAGGUCCCCUUCUUUCUAGAAGAACCCCAAGGCAUCAUCCGGAUGUUCAGACAAACAGGCGUUCAGCACUCAUGGUCCUCUUUCAAUCUGAGCUGUCCUGCCUCUCCAGUUAAGAAAAACCUGGACGGGCCUGCCAUAGGCAUCUCCCGGGGCAACAGCUUGAGUGAUGACAUGGACUAUGUCAGCGAAGACACACCUUUACCCGUGGUGACAGACGCAUCACAUUUGUUGACCAGCCCGUUCAUGGCAAAGGUCCAGGACUCUGUCUCAACUCACCACUUGAAUUCAAGAAGGUUGUCUCACGCCCAAAAAUCUGCAAUCAAAGUACUCCGGAGAAUGAAGUACUUUGUGGCCAGACAGAAAUUUCAGCAAGCGAGGAAACCGUACGACGUGAGGGAUGUGAUGGAGCAGUACAACCAGGGACACCUCACCAUGAUGGUCCGCAUUAAGGAGCUACAGAGGAGGUCGUCAUGCUCCCACGCCUCAGCCGGAUCGACAGGUUCCCGCACCUUAGCAGAGGUGACAUGUCCACUCCUGGUCGGCGUCCUGCGGCAGGAGCCGCGCAUUGGGGAAGGGGGACUGUCACAUGUGCUCACCCUCCCCCUCUAG